UGCUAGGCAGCCGGAGUGAAGAGGCUGGGAUGAUGAAGAGAGUGCGUUAGAAGGUGGUGCACAUGGUUUUUGCGACAAAACCUGGGUGGAUGAGUCAAUCAGAGGCUAGCCUAGUGUGUCCAGUAUGUCAGCAAUUGAUGGAUUAAUGGAUACGUGUGUGACAGCUCCAAGGAAGAGGAGUUGCUUGGAGGAAACAGCAGCAACAGGUCUGUAAGGAUGGAACGAUAAUGACGGUAACAUGCGGGCUUCCAAACGCCUGACCCUAUCAGAGGAGAGAUGAGGCACCCAGACGUCGGUUUACCAUGUGUAGCGUCCACUACAACCACUCCCUUGCUGCCAUGAGCGGAAACGACAUGAUGGUGCACUCUCUGACUCUGGAGCAGAAGACGGCGUUCGCCUUCGUAGGGAUGCUGCUGGUGUUCCUGGGGCUGCUGAUAGUGAGGUGUUUCAGGAUCCUGCUGGACCCCUACAGCAGCAUGCCCUCCUCCAACUGGGCCGACGGCAUCGAGGGACUGGAGAAAGGGACGUUUGAGUACGCCCUGACUUAACACAGGGACAACACAUCCAUAGAUGUCCAAUAAAACAAAAAUGCCUAGAGAUACAUGAACACAAAUACACUGACACACAUGAGCCACAGCCCUGCACCUGCCACUGACACACCACCAAGACAUCUCUCUGUGACUUUCUAACCCAAGAUACAAAAGCUGUGUAUGUUGUUAAAUGUGUGUGUGCUGUUAGAUCAGAGCCUCUCUUCUAUGUGUGACUACAUGUCUGUCGUUGUGUGUCUGAGCGAGUGUGCGGCAGAUACUGUGUCAUAUUUUGUCUCUGAAUCUGCCAGGGAGUGUGCAAUUUAGCUGAAGCUCCCUUUAACCCAAACCUCCAAGUUGAAUGUCGUAGAGGCCGCUAAAUGAGGAUGUUUAUGGGAUAUGUUAGGAGAUUAUUCAGAUGUAGUUUGAAGACUCAGGGACAAGAUUCCUUCUGUGAACGGGAAACAGAGCAGUUGCAUCUCUGCAAAGCCGAUCUGUUCUGCACAAGAAUGUACAUGGUUGGAUACAGGGUAUUAUGUCAAACUAGUGCUUUGUGGACUUUAAAUCCAGUCUGUUGGUGAUCUAAGGAUGCUGCUGCUGCUGUGCUUCUGUACAGAUUGGUCCUCUCCGUGCAUGGGAAAGGCAACUGGGCAAACUGUGAUUUACAUUGUGGUGUUACUGUUUCUAAUGAUGCAAAAACAUCACUCAGAGUUUGUAUUGCUGCUGAUGGUGUUCUGUUUGUUGCCACGAUUAUAUGUCUGAGCUAAAGAAAAGACACGACUGUUUACUUCUGACAGUAUGUCUGUAGAGUAACACGAUAAUAGCCGAUUUAUGGACUGUCCGUGAAGCGUUCUGACUAAAGGUUGGCUUUUGCGAUCAAGCCAAAGAACUUUAAAGGGAAACGAGGAUUUGAAACUAGGGAGGACUCUCUCUCUCUCUCUUAGCGCUGCUAGUUUUUCUAAUGACAAGGAUAAACUCUUACUACCUGUCUGCAGAGGAAAAGGUCACAUGGAAAUCAGGGGAGGGAUGUCUGUCAACGCUUCACAUGGACGUCUUUUUCCUCCUUCUCUCAGCCAUCCCCACUCUUCCCCGCCUGCUCUCUUCCUUCCAAACAGAGGAGGACAGGACAAACAGAGAUUCUGAAAACAAACAAACUGCAGACUGGUCAAACUGUUUCUUUGCUAAUUCUUACGGUCUACGGUUUCUCCUUAGUGCUGUGAAUCUGCCUUACUGUGACCUUCAAUGGGUUUAUGUGCCUUCAUCUAGAUACAUUAGAGCACCUGGUUGUUUGAAUGAGUGUGUGUGAGUGAAUGAGCGAGUGUGUGGCAUAUCAUGAUGACAGAUAGUGCAUCUCCUGACCCGUUGCUUGCUCAGCUGGUGGUAGAGAUUUCUCAUUGAUAUAGAUUUGAUUCAAUUAUGUGAAAUAAAUAGAAUUUCUUCACUUUAAGA